GCCGUCUGCUUUGCGGUGUGGAGACCAUUCACUGAGUGGUGGUUUCGCACAAGAGAAGAGAAGGAAGCAGUUGUUGACGUAGAGGGAAAUGAGACGGCAGCUCCUGUUUCUGGAGAAUCUGGGACAGGAAACGCAGAGGACUCAGAGGAGCAAGGCUUCCUGUUGUUGGAUGAGGAUGUUGAGAAGAACAAUAGAUCUCCUAAUGUUCAAGCAGAAGCUCAUCAAGCUUCUGUUGACGUGGAGCCUUCCGCAGCUUCCCUUAUCCGCGACACCCGUCGCAUGCUCGCCUGGCGUCGACUUGGCGUUGCCUUUUUCCUCAUUGGCGGCACACAGUUCCUCACAGC